AUGGUUCUCUCGGAGCUGACAGCAUCUGCUGCGGCCUUAAGAUCGCUGCGCAUAGGAGAGGAUCCUACAGCCAAGGCUACUGACUCCGACUCUCCGUUGACUAAUCGCGCCGGUGAAAGUGCGAAUCCCUUUGUUCGCAGCUUUGAGGCAAGCCCUGUCGCGUGGCAGCCGUUGAACGAAGAGACCGUGGAACGUGCAAAGAGCGAAGGCAAGCUGCUCUUUUUGCAUAUUGGAUACAAAGCCUGUCACUACUGUCGCCUCAUGGCGAACGAGUCAUUCGCAAACGCCGAAUGCGCCGCCGUACUCAACGAUGCUUUCAUCCCGGUUCUCAUUGACAGAGAAUCCCGUCCCGAUCUAGAUACAAUCUACAUGAACUAUGUACAAGCUGUCAAUAGCGUCGGAGGCUGGCCGCUCAACGUCUUCGUCACCCCAGAGCUAGAACCGAUUUUUGGUGGCACGUAUUGGCCUGGGCCCAAUGCUGCACGCCGGGCGCACGAAGAAAAUACCGAGGAUGCUCUGGAUUUCUUGACAAUUGUCAAGAAAGUUCGCGAUAUCUGGAAAGAGCAAGAAGCAAGAUGCCGCAAGGAAGCCACCGAAGUUCUGGCUCAGCUGAGAGAAUUUGCGGCCGAAGGCACUCUGGGAACAAGACCCAUUACGCAAACGCAAACAUUUGCGCCUUCAGGUUGGGCGGCGCCUGUUCCCAGCGAGCCUUCGCAAGGUGCCGACAAAACCGCUGCCGUAUCAAGCGAACUCGAUCUGGACCAAGUUGAGGAAGCGUACACCCAUAUUGCGGGCACCUUUGACCCUGUGUAUGGUGGAUUUGGCCUGGCUCCCAAGUUCCUAACCCCGCCGAAGUUACAGUUUCUCCUUGGACUUGGCGAUUCGCCAAGUGCUGUCCAGGAUAUUGUGGGCGAAGCUGAGUGUACUCAUGCCAUAGACAUGGCAGUUGAUACUUUACGCAAGAUUCGAGAUGGAGCACUGCAUGACCAUGUCGGAGCCACCGGAUUUGCUCGAUGCUCGGUUACCCCAGACUGGACGAUACCCAAUUUCGAAAAGCUGGUGGUAGACAAUGCACAGCUCCUUACUCUCUAUCUUACUGCAUGGCGCCGUGCUGGCGGACAAGCGACGAGCGAGUUCUAUAACAUUGCCCUGGAACUUGCGACUUACUUGACGUCUACUCCGAUUCUGCGAGCAGACGGGCUACUUGCAUCCAGCGAAGCGGCUGACUCAUAUGUCCGCAAGGGCGACAGAGAGAUGAAAGAAGGUGCUUUCUACCUUUGGACCAGGAGAGAAUUCGACAGCGUCAUUGAAGCCGCCGAGAAGGGCGCCAGCCAAGUAGUCGCAGCUCACUGGGGCAUUCUCGAGGGCGGUAAUGUUGAUGAGCAACAUGAUCCAAAUGACGAUUUUAUGAACCAGAACAUUCUGCGAGUUGCAAAGAGCCCCGAAGAGCUGAGCAAACAGUUCAACACUACCAUUGAAAAGGUUGAGCAGUCUGUUCGCACUGCCCAGAAAGAACUCAAGGCCAGAAGAGAAGGCGAGCGCGUGCGCCCUGCGGUUGACGACAAGGCUGUCGCUGGAUGGAACGGCUUGGCUCUAUCUGCGCUUGCCAAAACGGCAGAAGCGCUGAAGACGAUAAAUCCUGAAGUCAGUGCCAAGUGCGCUUCUGUGGCAAGCGGCAUUGCCUUCUUUCUGCAAAAGAAUCUUUGGGACGCGCAGACAAAGACUCUGUAUCGAACGUGGACGGGGGCCAGGGAUACUGAAGGAUUUGCUGAUGACUAUGCCUAUGUUAUCCAAGGCCUAUUGGAUCUAUUUCACACUAAUGGCGACGAGGCACUGAUUGAGUUUGCCGAUACUCUGCAGAAGGCACAAUCUUCAUACUUUUACGAUCCUGCAGGCGGCUUCUUCACGACCACGGCCAACUCGACCACUGCCAUUCUGCGAUUAAAAGACGGCAUGGACACUUCGCUGCCCUCCACCAAUGCCGUCUCCGUCGCCAACUUGUACAGGCUCGGCCAGCUGCUCGAUGACGAAACGUUUGCCGGCAUGGCCCGCAGCAGCAUCAACGCGUUCGAGGCCGAGAUGCUCCAACAUCCGUGGCUCUUCCCCGGCCUGCUGCGCGGCGUGGUCACGGCGCGCCUCGGCGUGCCGCAGGUCCGCAGCGAGGAGGUCAAGUACAAGGCGACGAGAGAAAAGGCAUAG